GUAAAUCAAGACGCGCAACCAGUGAACGACCUACACUAAUCACAGUACAAAGUACUUUUACAAUUUGUUUAAUCAUGUAAAAGAUUAGACAAGUACUGUUGUUCGCAAUAAACUUGAAAUAUGCAUGGUUCUUUUCAAAAAUCAUCUGGCAUUAUCGAAAUUGAGAAAAGAAAAAGAAUUGAAUGAUAUUCUGGUCAUAAGUGCAUAAUAAUUGUGACUUGAUAUGUGGACUAACUGCUUUGGUGCAGCAUAAAAUUAUUACCCAUGACAUUUUAAUGUUAUAAGAGUUAACUGAGUGUAGAACAAUCAUUAUUUUCGGACAACCGGAAAACAAUCACAUUCAUAAACUGAGUAUGUCCAGAAGGAAACUUGGUGGUGACAAACAAUUUAGCAACGUGGAUUAUACUCAGCUUACUGAAACAGAUAAUGGUUUCAUUGAUUCUCAGUUUGUGAAUCCACCUGUAAAAAUACCAUGGAAAGCUAUUACAUUAGCAGCUCUUCUUUUUAUUGGAGGUACCAUCAUGCUUAUCAUGGGAAGCCUAAUUGUGAGUGGACACUUUGAUUCUAAGUAUUCAGACCGUAUGUGGCCAGUUAUUAUUUUAGGAAUUUUAAUGUUUAUACCAGGGGCUUAUCAUAUGAGGGUAGCUGUUUUAGCUUAUCAGAAAGUACCUGGUUAUUCCUUUGAUGAUAUACCAGAAUUUGAUUAAUCAAAUGCUAUCUGUUUAUGUAAAAUUAAUUAGAAAUUCUAAUUCUUCUUUAUUAACACAUUAUCUGUUGAAUUUACACAAAGUUUUAUAGAUGUUACAUUACCCAUAUUUAUAUUUUUGUGGUACUUUAACCAGUUAUAAAUAAUCCUUGAAAGAAAUGUAGGACAAUGUAAUGCAGUAUUAUAUUAUAAUAUUUGCUUUAUGCAAAUGAAUAGUGAGUUUAAUUGCAUACUAUGAAAACAUAUACAGAAUAUUCAUACCAAUGUGUAAUGAAUUUAUUUUCAAAGUAAUAACACCAUAUUGGUAUAAACUGUAUGGCCAGAGCUUUUCAAUGUCACACAUAAUAUUAAGAACAGGUACAAAAUACACUGAAAGAUAAUUAUAAUACUAUUAUUUAAAACUAUUUUAUUGCAUGGAUAGCUAUACACCUUUAAAUAUAUUUUACAUAUACUACGAAAAAUAUUCAUUAUUAUUUCACGGAAUAUUCAACUAAAAACUGCGUCAUAUGUUUUAUAAUUUGUAAUAAGCAAUGUAUAAUGUAAAUAUAAUUGUAUCUGUCAAUUAUUACAUUUAAAUGUAAAGAAUUAAAAUUAUACUUAAAGUUAAAUAAUAAUUGGAGUAUUAUACGUAGAUAGACUACAUACUACAAGUUUCAAAACGUAAAAUUUAAACAUUUUAUCCAAAAUAUUAAGAGUUAUAUAAUUAUAACACCUUUAUUAGUCUUGAUUAAAUUAUAAGUCGUGAUCAAACUCCCGAUUAUAAAUUACAAAGAUGCAGAGUUACAUUAUUCAUAAUGCUCAGUUUGCAAAUACGCUAAAACGCUUUUAUUACUUAGUCUACAUACUUUGUCUCUAGCUGUUUUCAUCAUUGAAAUAGGCGGAUCAAAUUUUUGUUGUAACAUUUUUUGCAUUAGCAACCUGCUUGCUUCGACCGUUUUAUUACACUGAUUUUUUCCGGUAUCAUAAUUAAGUUGAUUUUCUAAGGGGAUGCUCUAUGAAUAAAAUAAAAGUUAAUGGAACUAAUGGAAUUUUUAAAAUAAAGUACAAGAAAAAAUUGUAAUUUACCUCAAAAA